AUGGCAGCAAUAGAGAGAAAAUCUGGUCAUAAUUUGCAGAAUAUAAGUGUUAAUGACAAUGCCCAGUUUACAGUAGGAGAUCGAUUCUAUUUUAAUGAAGAUACUUUCGACAAUAUCAACGAUACUUGCCUUCGAGCUCUGCGAUGCCCUGACACGCAAAAAGUCAAGAACUGGCUGAGAGAGAAGGACAAGCUACUUCCUGAAGCGAUCGACUGGAUAUUCCGAGACACGCAGUAUGAGAGAUGGGACGAAGAUGGCGUCUCCUUGCUUUGGAUCAGGGGUGGUGCCGGUAAAGGAAAAACCAUGAUGACGAUUCGUAUCAUUGAUCAGAUUUCACUUCCACAAAAACCAUCGACCGUGGUGACAUAUUUCUUCUGCCGAAACGACGACUACAAGCUCAACACUGUCGAAGCGAUCAUUAAAGGCCUGAUUCGACGCUUAGUGACUCAGCAAAAGGCGCUCUAUGAACCCUUACGUCGCCGCUGGGACACGGCUCAUGAACGCUUCCACAAAGACCUUACCUCAUGGCGAACACUCUGGGACAUCUUCCUAGAGAUGUUAGAACUCUGCAAGAGCCGGAGAGUAUACGUUAUUGUAGACGGUCUGGACGAGUGUCAAGACAACGGCAUGGCUGAAUUCCUCAAGCUCGUUGUCCGAACUGGGCUCAACUCAAAAGCCAAAUGGCUACUGACAAGCAGCUCGCUGGACGUUGCGAAGCAAGAGCUUCUUGGUGACACAGACCAGGUGCUGAUAAACUUAGAGCUGAACGAGGGUCAUAUUACGCAAGCUGUGAGGACGUAUGCGGCUAAGCGAGCAGCUGACCUAGAUCGUCGGCAUGACUACGGGGCUGUUCGCUGUAGGCAAGUUGAAGCGGCGCUCAUCGAGAAAGCUGAGGGUACAUUUCUGUGGAUUAGCUUGGUGUGCGCCAGGCUCGAGAAUGUCGACCCUGACGAAGCACUGGCUACGAUCGAAUCGUUGCUACCCGGUCUUUAUGGACUCUAUGCCCGGAUCCUUCAUCAAGUUGUUUCCGGAAAGCCUAUCAUUAUCGAGAGCUGUACGCGCCUGCUGAAGGUAAUGCUGCUCGUCCAUCGGCCACUGAGAUUCGAGGAAGUCAUUAGCGUUACAGGCCUUCGGGACGAUAGAAUUCCCCUAGCAACGCUAAUCGAUCGAUGUUCGUCAUUCAUCAGAAUGCGGGAAACAGUUCUCGAAUUUGUUCACAAGACAGCGCCUGACUACCUGAGGGGGCAUGAUGGACGCUCGAUAUUGGCCACCCACACUGCCUAUGGACAUGAGCAUAUCUCGUUGAGCUGCUUAUCGUACCUGAGCGAGUCACUGGAGAUGAACAUAGGUAACCUUCCGCUGCCUGGUUCGUCUCAAGAAGCGAUUGGGAAGGAGAACGUGAAGUUAGGUCCAUUGAGCUACUGUAGCACUUUUCUGCUACAGCAUCUCCAGGACGGCUGGGGCACACAAGCUAUACAGCAAGCAGCCGACUCACAAGGCGAAUUCUACGUAUUCUUCCGGACGAGGAUUUUGGAAUGGCUGGAAUGCCUAAGCCUUUUAAACGAGUUACCGCGUUUUAUUCAUGGGCUUAAUGCAUUGAGGGGUAUGGUCGAGGACGGUGCAGCAAUACCGGUACUCCUCAGUGAUGCUGCAAGAUUUUUGCGGCGGCAUUACCAGACAAUCGCGCGGUGGCCACUCCAGGUCUACAGUUCGGCAGUUAUAUUUAGUCCUCAGCACAGCAUAAUUCGAGAAGAGAAUCUUGGCAAGAUUCCUACCUGGCUCAACAGGCUUCCCAAAGUCGAAGAAGAAUGGUCAUCCCUAAUUCAGACGCUAGAGGGCCACUCUGAUCAGGUCAACUCUGUCUCUUUCUCGCCAGAUGGGCGGCAACUAGCAUCAGCUUCGUCAGACAAUACUGUUAAGCUAUGGGACACAGCAACGGGCGAGGUUUUAAAGACAAUAGCGAGCCAUUCCCACUUCGUUAUUGCUAUUGCGUUCUCGCCAAAUGGCCGGCAGCUUGCAUCAGGGUCGUGGGACGGCACAGUCAAGCUACACGACACGGCAACAGGCGAGGAGCUGAAGACGUUUGUGCACCCCCGCCAUAUAGUUAGCGCUAUUGCAUUCUCACCAGACGGACAGUUCCUUGUGUCGGCGUCAUGGAACGCGAGGUUGAUCCGACCGCCAUUCGACGUAACCGUCAAGCUGUGGAACACGGCGACAAGCGAAGCUCUAGGGACUCUAGCUGACCACACCCAUAUUGUCAAUUCCGUAGCGUUCUCACCGAACGGGAAGCAACUCGCGACUGCAUCAUCGAGAAGCGUCAAGUUAUGGGAUGCGGAGACAGGUAAUAAGCUUGAGACCCUGGUGGGCCACUCCGGUGAGGUCAACGCUAUCGCAUUCUCGCGGGACGGGCGUCAACUUGCGUCAGGAUCAGACGAUGGGACUAUUAAGUUAUGGAGUACGAGGAGGACAGGUCGUGAGCCUAGGACGCUAGCAGGUCACUCCUCUAGGGUCCAGGCCGUCUCGUUCUCGCUGGACGGGCGGCGGCUUGCGUCGUCGUCAUCAGACGCGACGAUUAAGAUAUGGGAUACAGCGACAAGCAGGGAGCUUGAUACGCUAACAGGCCACUCUGCGACAAGCAGCGAGCUCGAUACGCUAACAGGCCACUCUGGUGGAGUCAAAGCCGUCUCCUUCUCGCCAGUCGGGCAGCGGUUCGCGUCGGCAUCGUCAGAUGGGUUAAUUAAGAUCUGGCACACGGAGACAGGCAAGGAGCUGAAGACGCUAGUAGGACACCCUGACCGGGUGUCGGGGGCACUGGCUGCUAAAGCUGUCGCGUUCUCGCCGGACGGGCGGCGGCUCGUGUCAGCGUCGUUAGACAACUCUGUCACGCUAUGGAACACGGCGACAGGCGAGAAGCUUAAGAGGCUACUUAACCACUCCGAUUGCCAUUGUGUUAGCUUCGGCAAGAUUUUGCCGAACGGGCAACGACUUGUGUUCUCACAGGACGGGCGGCAGCUUGCAUCGGCCUUAGAUUAUCGGGCGGUUCAUCUGUGGGACCUGAGUGGGCCAGUUCAGCGUUCAACCCUUUCUAGGUUUCUAACAUUUGCUACUGAACUUUGGGAUACACCACUACGUCCGUACCACAGUAUCGAAAUCACAAGUCCCGUAACCUACGUGAAGUUCUCAACUACUGGCGAACGGCUCGUUACCAACAUCGGACAAAUCGGCCUGACAGAUGUUGCCACGGAAAAGAAGCACAUACGUGAUGACUGGUUGGGCGAACUUUGGGUUAGCGACCAGUGGAUAUAUUACGGGAGCAUCCCCGUGCUGAGGUUAUCUUCUGAUGCUGAUGUGUCUUGCUUCGAUACGGUAGGCAACGAUAUCGCUGUUGGAUUUGGAAAUGGCCAUGUUCUGAGCCUUGCUAUCAAUUGCAAGAUUCUCGGACUGAAACUUGAGCAUAAAAGGAGACCUUGA